GCAGGGGGCGCUCAUAAGUUGAGAACCGAAACCCCCAAAAAAUCCAUAGAAAUUUGGGAACCCCCUUUCUCUUUCAUCUCUUCCUCACCAAAAUCAAGAGAGAGAGAGAGAGAAGCGUCAGCAAUGGUCGAAGAAGGAGCGGCCUCCAGCAAAUCGGAGACCCUCCCGCCGCCCUCCUCCCACCAGGCCUCCGACGAGGCCACCGUCGAGGGGUCCAACAACCCCCUCCUCGGCGGCGGCGGCACGGCGGACUCCGCUUGCAACAGCAACAGCAGCUACAACAAGCCCGAGAGCAGCUCCGUCCUCACCUCCGACGGCGACGGCGGCGGCGGCGGCUGCGGCGGCGACGGCGACGGCGGCGGGGGAGGAGAAGGGGGAGGGGGAGACAGGUCGCUAGGGUUCGCGGACGAGCUGAUGGAGGGCGGGUCCCGAGCUCUCAAGGAUGGCAACUACGUCGAGGCCACCGAGUGCUUCAGCCGUGCCCUAGAGAUCAGGGUGGCGCAUCAUGGAGAACUCGCCCUGGAGUGCGUCAGUUCAUACUACAAGUAUGGAUGUGCGCUUCUAUAUAAGGCUCAAGAGGAGGCCGAUCCAUUGGGUGCUGUGCCCAAAAAGGACGCCCAAAGUCAAAUAUCUGGUAAAGAUGGAGAAAGAAGUAACUUACGUGGUGAAUCUUCUGUAGCUUCUGUUUCUAGUAAUAUUGAUCAGGAUGGAAGUUCACAUCAUCAGGAUGGAGCAACAGAUGAUGGUUCUGGAGGGAAGGACCAAGAAGAAGAUGAUGAUGAGGAUUCUGAUGCUGAGGAUCUGGCUGAAGCAGAUGAAGAUGAGUCUGAUCUGGACUUGGCAUGGAAGAUGCUGGAUAUUGCAAGGGCAAUCCUUGAAAAACAUUCUGUUGAAACAGUUGAGAAGGUGGACAUAUUGUCAGCUCUGGCAGAAGUUGCAUUGGAAAGAGAGGACAUUGAAACUUCUCUCAGUGACUAUCAAAAAGCUCUGUCCAUGUUGGAGAAACUGGUUGAACCAGAUAGUCGACAGAUAGCAGAACUAAACUUUCGGAUAUGCUUGUGUUUGGAGAUUGGCUCUAAGACGGGUGAAGCCAUUCCGUACUGCCAGAAGGCAAUAUCUAUCUGCAAAUCGCGGGUUCGUCGUCUUAUGGAUGAAGUGAAGGUUUCUUCUGAAUCAGCAGUAUCAGCUGUUGCUUCAUCAGAUGGAGAUGUCAACCCAUCAUCCAGUGAUUCACCUUCAGAUAAGGCUUCAGCUGAUAAGGAAGCUGAGAUUAAAACAUUAAAUGGCCUCUCAAGUGAGCUGGAAAAGAAGUUGGAAGAUCUGCAACAGCUCGCUGCAAAUCCGAUGUCAAUUCUCACUGAAAUUCUUGGAAUGGCAUCUGCCAAGGCGAAGGAGAUUGAGAAAGAGGCGUCCUCAGCUGCUAUGAGCUCUUCUCGUAUAGGAACAGUCAACAGCAAUGGGGAUUUUGACUCCCCGACAGCAUCCACUGCUCACACGAACGGUGCUGCUGGAGUCACUCAUCUUGGUGUGGUUGGAAGAGGUGUCAAGCGAGUGUCAAUGACAGCACAGUCUGGCCCAACAAAGAAACCUGCAGUUGAUUCGUCCGAGGAGAAACGAGAUAGUAAUGAUUCCUGAAGUUGUUUGAUUCCCAAUGUGACAUAGUCCAUGCUCAACCCUGCAUAGCCUAGCAUAUAUCUGGAGGUUCUAUUACGGGAUGCUUAUUAUAAAUUGUGAACCUUGGUUAACUACUGUACUUCAUACUUAAUUGACUGCAUCUAGGUUCUGUCUGUUGUUAGGAUCCUUGUUUUUUUACAACUCACAUAUUGGAGUCAUUUGGAUAUUUCGAAGGAAAUUCAUGCGGUAAGGCAAUUGUCCCAUGAAAUCAGUUUUCCAACUUCAUGAUCAGAUAACACCCCUGGAAGGUAUUUGAGUGGCA